AACGGAGAUGCGGAAACGCAGAAGACUAAAAAGGAAGAGACUUUAAGUGAUGUUGAUGAAAAAGAUGUGUGUCUUUUACCUGAGUUUGAAGAGGAACUUAAGAACUUAGAUUUGUUGCUCUAUGAUGAAUACGAAACACCAAAGUCGGAUAUAUCUGUUCCUUUAGCGUUUCCAAGCGAAGAGGAAGCUGAUCAUGAGAACGAGAUUAAGCGGUUGAGAAACACGGUGAGAGCCCUCCGUGAGAGAGAGAGGUGUCUUGAGGAUAAGUUGUUAGAGUACUACAGCCUCAAGGAGCAGCAAAAGAUUGCAAUGGCGCUUAGAAAGGAGAUAUUACGCGAAGAUGGUAACCGAUUGAGGAGGGAAAACGCAGAGCUGAAGAAGGAGAUUGAGCAGCUUCAAGGCGAUCGAUGCACUGAUCUUGAGCAGCUUUUUUUUUAUCUCAAAUGGAUAAAUGCUUGCUUAAGAUACGAGCUAAGAACAUACCAGCCUCCUGCUGGUAAAACUGUAGCUAGGGAUCUUAGUACUACUUUAAGCCCUAAAUCAGAGGAGAAAGCUAAGCAACUGAUCCUUGAAUACGCACAUAGCAAAGGGCACGAGGAAGAUAACAACACGGAUUAUGAUCGAUGGUCGUCUUCACAGGAGGAAUCAUCAAUGAUCACUGAAUCAAUGUUUCUUGAUGAUUCCUCUGUUGACACUUUGUUUGCGACCAACACUAAAAAUUCAGGGAAGAAGAAGCUUAUGCACAAGCUGAUGAAGAUCUUCCACGGUAAAGAUACUCAAGAGCAGAAGAAGAGAGGUGGUUCGUUGGAACCGAGCAGCUCAAACACAGGUGUUCAUUCGACUCCUAGGCAUCUCCGAUCAACGCUCUCUAUGGACUUCCAAAUGUUGCUGUGUGGGAAAGACGAGGAGGAGGAGUUCAAGAUGUUGCGUCGUAAGAGUGAAGCAGAAGAUUGUUCCAUUUAUGGAGAAGGAGGUGAACACUGUUUGGAAUCAGAUCAAAUGAGGAAGAAAGAGCUCGUUAAAUACGCAGAGGUGCUGAGUAAAUCUCGUUCCACAAAGAAGCUUCAUAAGAAAUCUGUGUCGUUCUUCUUCUGA